AUGGUACGCAAUCUAGUCGUCCUGGGCGGUAACUCGCACCCCGACCUGACCGACACCAUCUGCAACCACCUUGGUGUUCCUCCUUCCAAAAUCUUGCUGAGCAAGUUUGCUGUCGGAGAGACUCGCGUCGAGGUCAUGGACUCUGUUAGAGGCAAAGACGUCUUCAUCAUCCAGUCGGGCGGCGGCAAGGUCAACGACCACCUCAUGGAACUCCUCAUCACUAUCUCGGCCUGCAAAACUGCUUCCGCAAAGCGCGUCACUGCCGUCCUUCCCCUCUUCCCCUACUCAAGACAAAGCGACAUCCCAUACAACAAGACUGGCGCCCCUCUUGCCAAGGCCCCUACUCAACUCAACCGCAAUGGCAACUACACCUUUGACAGCAGGCCCACAACCCCCCUGCCCGGUCAAGCAGAAAGUGCUGGAAUGAAGGGCGGCCCGGAAAACUUGCACAAGAAGCUGAUGGACAUGCAACUGCGUGACCAACAAGCCAACGGAGACAGCCAGGGCAGCCCUGUCAAGAUGCCCCGUCGCUCGACCAUCGAGUCAGUCACCUCCGAGAAGUCCGACUAUUUCGACGACAACACCCUCACACCCACCGUGACCAAUGGUAGCGCCAACGGUGACAAGCCUGUCGCCAAGUUCCACAAGGCCCCUCCUCACUUCGAGCCGCAAAGAGGUUACAAGCAGUGGGUUGCGCAAGCUGGUACGCUUGUCGCAGACCUCUUGACUUGCGCCGGUGCCGACCACAUCAUCACAAUGGACCUUCACGACCCUCAAUACCAAGGUUUCUUUGACAUCCCCGUCGACAACUUGUACGGCAAGCACCUCUUGCGCAAGUACAUCCAAUUCCAUAUUCCUAACUAUCAAAAUGCCGUCAUCGUCAGUCCGGAUGCUGGCGGUGCCAAGCGUGCAACUGCCAUUGCCGAUGCUCUGGGUAUGCCCUUUGCACUCAUUCACAAGGAACGUCGCCCGACACAAAUCACCGACCGCCAAAAUGCGACAAUGAUGCUGGUAGGUGAUGUUGCUGACCGUACUGCUAUCCUUGUCGAUGAUCUUGCCGACACUUCCAACACCAUCACUCGCGCAGCCAAACUCUUGAAGAAAGAGGGCGCCAACAAGGUUAUCGCCCUCGUCACCCACGGCGUGCUCAGUGGAGAUGCCAUCGACCGCAUCAAUGCCAGCGCCAUCGACAAGGUUGUCGUUACCAACAGUGUCGACCAGGAGGAGAACAAGAAGCGUUGCCAAAAGCUGGAAGUCCUCGAAGUAGGAAACGUCUUCGCAGAGGUAAGUUGGGUUGCGCCUUCUCGAGUGGUCAUACGUGACAUUGCGCCGCGGGGACAAUCCAUUGACAACCAUUCUAGGCCAUCAGAAGAGUCCACCACGGAGAGAGUAUCAGCGUUCUAUUCCACGAUUAGGUGGUUGCUAAAAAUGUUGCUUGAUCUUGCUGGCGUUUCGGGGCAUAUUGCUGGUUGGCAAAGCAUAGAAGGGGUUACUUCCGCGAGGACAUCGCUGCGAUAUACGAACAGAGAGCAAUUUCAAAAUGGCUAUCAACGCCGCUCCGUCUUGGGUUUAGAUCUCCCCGACGCCAUUUCGCGCCAUGUCGACAACAGCAUGGCUAUUGAUUUCCACCAUCGAUUCUCAAAGGCAGACCCUCAUCCUGUUGAAAAACAAUCAAAAGCUAAGUAUGGCGUCGCCCAUCGCGACAUCACCUUUCUGGUGUAUCACCGCCAUGAUGUGCUUUUUCCCUAA